GAGUGCAUGCAUCUCCGUCCUACUAUACUCCUGUACAUACAGUCCAGACAUCCCCGAACAAGAAGACGAAUGUCUUAACGAUAACGAGAAAGUUCUCAUCGUUUCCGUCAACGGACAUCACGAAAACUGGAAUCUCACCGACGCAGUCAACGGUUUGAUCGUUGAGAAUUACACAUCUGUCAAUGCUACGUUCAGUUCAUUAUUAGCUUCCAGCAAUAUUUCUUCAUCGAUCCUCUCGGAUCAGAUUACAACGAUUUCUUCACUGUUGCCAAGCAAUUUCACGUUGUUUAACUCUUCACAUGCAAGCCCUGGAUUUUUUAACAAUUCUGCUGUGAGAAAGAGUAACUUUUCGGAUUCUCUGUAUGGCAAUACUUCCGAAAUCACGAAGUAUAGUUCAAAUAGUUCCUUCCCAUGGAUUACUAAUAUAACAGAUACUAUAACGAGUUCAAUGUUUGGCACGAUAGAAAAUGUUACUCAGAUUGCAAACAAAAGUUUGGACACAUCGACGUCCAAAGAAGAGUUGGAUAGUGCAGCUGUGACGUCAACAACAACACGGUUACUAUCGUGGAGUACGGGUGACCUCGCAGAGAGGUAUAACUUGACGACAAUAUCUGCACCAACAACCACCACGACACACUCGUCCUGUGAGAAGACCUUCAUGCUUCUGAGCCGUGAACUAGAGAAAACAGAGAUCCUGUCGGGACUUGGCAUCAGAGAGCUGCACCAGCUUCUGUCUUACACUCAAGGCGCCGGGGUCAUCAUCGGUGCAGGUCUGGGCAGCAUGGUGGCAGACAUCUACGGCAGGAGGAGAAUCCUGUACACUUCUCUCUCAGUCAUGCUCGUCUUCCAUUGCCUUGUGGCUCUGUCCAUCUCGUGGGUUAUGUUCAUUUUCCUGAGAGUUGUCGCAGCUGCCUCUGCUGGGGCCACGCUAGUGGUCAGUUUUGUGAUGGUCAUCGAGUACCUGGGCCCGGACUGGCGGGACGCCUGCACGUGCUCUUGUUUGUGGACGUUGGGAGCCAUCUUGCUCUCCCUGGAAGCCCUGGUGACGUCACACUGGCGCUGGAUGGCUCUCAUCUCUGGGGGUAUUGGCCUGCCGCUCAUCGGCACGUUCUUCACCUCCCACGAGUCAGUGCGAUGGCUCCAGUGUCAGCAUCGCUUCACGGAGGCUGAGAGCGGCUUUCGAGAGGUCAUCUCCGUGAACGCCGGCGCCGUACCGGACAUAAUGGCUCUGCUUGACCACUCGAGGGCCUGCAUCGUGAACAACAUGCACCAGAAGAAGUUCACCUUUAUCGACCUCUUCCAUUCCAUCGAUUCCACAAAGUGGACGAUAACUUUAGUGUACACUUGUCUGAUCUCGUCGUGUGUCUACUUCUGCCUGCUCUGGCGGGUCCGGCACAUCACAGGAAGCGUUUACAUCGACGGUUUCCUCCCCUUUCUCGUCGACUUACCACUCACCUGGUCCGUUAUCAUCGUCAACAGAUGGUAAGUACUGGCCAAUGUCUGCUCUGU